AUGUUAGUCGAUGAAACAACGGAGCCCAUGGCCCUACCAUUAUCACUUUUGGAAUACAUCACAAACGAUUUCUCUGGUGAUCGGGAGAUUGGAAGAGGUGGGUUUGCUGUGGUUUACAAGGGAACCAUUGGUGAUUGGGCGGUAGCCGUGAAGAGGCUGUCCAAUGCUUUUAUGGAUGAUAAAGAAUUUCACCGAGAGGUUCAAUGCCUGAUGCGGGUAAAGCACAAAAAUGUAGUUAGAUUUCUGGGAUAUUGUGCCGACAGACAAGGAAGUAUGGAAGCAUACAAUGGUAAACUUGUUAUGGCAGAUGUCCACCAACGAUUGCUUUGCUUUGAGUAUAUACCUAAAGGGAGUCUUGAUAAGUAUAUCACCGAUGCAUAUCGUGGGUGGAGAACAUGCUAUAAAAUAAUUAAAGGCAUAUGUGAGGGGCUGCAGUUCCUUCAUGAGAAUCAUAUCAUUCACUUGGAUCUGAAACCUGCCAAUAUACUGCUCGACGAUAGCAUGGCACCAAAAAUUACUGAUUUUGGACUCUCCAGAUGCUUUGAUGAAAAUCAGAGCCGGGAUAUUACCAAAACUAUAUUAGGAACAAUGGGGUAUUUGGCACCAGAAUUUCGCGAAGGGGGUGUAAUCACACCCAGCGCUGACUUGUAUAGUCUUGGUGUUAUUAUCAUAGAAAUACUGACCAGGCAGAAGGGUUGA